AUGCGCCUAAUAAACACCACCACCCUAACCCUCCAAUCCUUCAUGCUCCCCGCCCCUCAACUCCCUUCCUACGCCAUCCUCUCGCAUACCUGGUACCCCUCACCAGACGACGAAGUGACUUUCCAGGAUUUCACGCUUCUUCCCCGCCAUGAACUAGAAAAAAAGAAGGGAUACGCAAAGAUCAAACAGACAUGUCAACGGGCCAAGAAAUCGGGGAUCAAAUGGGCUUGGGUGGACACAUGCUGUAUCGAUAAGACGAGCAGUGCGGAGCUGAUGGAGGCGAUUAAUAGUAUGUGGGAAUGGUAUAAAGGGGCGACGGUGUGUUUUGCUUUUUUGGAGGAUUUGGAGCCCGUGCCCGGGACGGAAGGGGGGAGUGGGACGGGGCGUAGCAGGAUUGGACUUGGACUCCCACUUCAAGCCGGGCACGGGCAGAAUGGUCACGGUCGGAGUGAGAAGCGCUUAUCGGUGUCGGAUGAUGGAGGGAGUAACGAUGGCAGCAAUGUCUCAGCGGCUACCGGGUCCGGAGCAGGGACGGGUUCGACGACAUCAUCACCCUCAUCAUCAUUAUACAUCCAAGCCGAGCGAAUGGAGCACCUCAGCCACGAGGAGAAGGUCCGUCGCUUCGGGGCAUGUCGCUGGUUUACGAGAGGGUGGACCCUGCAGGAGCUCAUCGCCCCUUUGCAGAUGGGGUUUUACAACAGCAAAUGGGAGUUUGUCGGUGAAAAGUCCGCUUUGAAACACGUGCUGGCCGAGAUCACGCAAAUCAGCGAGUCGGUUCUCGAGAAUAGCGCGUUGCUCCCGACCAUCCCCGUGGCGCAGCGCAUGUCAUGGGCUUCUUCGAGGGUGACCACUCGUCCGGAGGAUAUGACUUAUUGCUUACUCGGUAUCUUUGACGUGCAAAUCCCGUUCUUGUACGGCGAAGGAGAGAAGGCGUUUAUCAGGCUGCAGGAGGAAAUUGUCAAGGAGACGAAUGACUUCAGUCUGUUCGCGUGGAAGUCUGGCAAGGGGUCAGGCAUACAGCACCAGAAGCACUGGGGCAUUCUGGCGCCGAGUCCGAAGGAGUUCGCGGAAUGUGGGGACAUUGAGAUCUGGGGUAACCCGCUGUAUAACGCCGAGUGUUAUGUUACGGGCAAAGGGUUGCGCUUUACGCCGGCGCCGGGGGGUGGAGGAUUGUUGAGGAGCAGUAGUUCCAGGUUUAAAAACACCGAGGGGACGUAUAUUCUUGACCUCGGGUGUUAUCACAAAAGCGAAAAGGGCAUGGCUAUCGGCGUGUUCUUGCAGCAGCAUGGCUCGGAUCUGUACUGCCGCGUGAUGCCCGAGAGCUUGCCGACGUGGCCGACGGGGCCGGGACAGCAGCCGAUGUUACGCAAGAGCAGGGUGUUUUACAUCCCCAAGGCGGUGUCGCCCGUGGCGUCGACGAUGCUGGGCUCCAGUCAUCGGUGGGCGUUCAACUUGUCGCAGGUGUUCGCGGCCAUGGCUGACAUCAAGUAUCUCCCGCAACAAAGCCAGUUCCAACCCGAGGAAAGCUGGGACUCGGAGCGCAGGCUGUUCUUGAGCCAGGGGUCGAGGAACUUCCAAUGUUGCGCAGUAUUCGUAACGACGAGGACGGACGGGUUGGGGGCGUUGAGGAUCUUGGUAUGGUGCCAGCUUCAUUUUGUUUACGGCACCGAUGGAGGGGCGCAGGCAUCGGUCAAGGUCGAAUUUGAUCCACCCUCUGAGGGGAAUACAGACGGCGACGGCUAUGUCAAAUGCAACAGCAGGGUUGUAACCGAGGCCUACGAAGGUCAGCCGGUAUUCAAAGUCGAGGUCGAGGCAACGACGAGCAAGUUCCGCGCGCUCCCUACCAUCAUGUCCUUCCGCGGUACCGACGCGUCCAUGAACAAGAUGGCCAGGGCGCACCAGAUGAAGCAUCAUGAAAAGAUAGCGGCGGCCGCGCAAGGGAGAGAACGGUAUUUCAAUUCGGCAGCAGCGAGCAUGUCGAGUACCAUGGUGGGGAGCCUCGAAACCCCAGGCGAUGACCUCGAAGCAAGCGAAGAAGCGGUACAAGGAAGCCACCAAGGGGGCCCAAACUCUCCAAAGCAGCAGCGUCGAAUCGAGCUGGAAGAACAAGAGCGGAUUCGAAAAGAGCUCGACAAGCAGAAAUCAGCCAACAAGGCGAGGAUCGCAAGAGACAAAAAGAAGGCAAAGGAGUUGGCAGACAUACAGGCGCGGAAGAAGAAGGGAUUGCCGCUGGUGGAUGUCCAUCCAAGUCAGGACACGAUUUCGAGGUUUAUACGGAAGGGCGAUGGCAAUACGGCUCCAAAGAGAGAUUCGAGUGGGAAUGUCAAGGGCAAGUCUUCAGAGGAACCAAUCCGGACUGUUUAUCCGGAAAGGGACAGUUCGAAUAAGAACAUACCAGGUGAAAGGGACGAGGUAGUUGGCAGUCCGAGGAAGCGACCACGACUUGACGAGGACAGCCCACCGAAGAGGCAAGAUGCGGUCACAAUACCCGACAAGGGGAACACAGAAUUGGUGGAAGAUAAGAGCAAGAAGCAGAGGCCUCGAAACACCCCCGAGCACGCUUCAGACAAUGGCCAGCCAAGACCAGGAGACGAGAACAAUAUGGCGGCAACGUCGCAUAAUACACCCCAAGGGGAAGACAAGAGAGGGGAAGUUCCGCCCAAUAAGGCAAACUCACAGUCGAAAUCACAGGAAAGGACAACUACGAUCACCGACAAGGAGAACAUGCCACGAGUGGAGGGCAAGACAGAAAGUACAAGCCAGCGAAGCUCGCAGCUACGUCGGGCAGGCAAAGAAGGAUCCCAGUCGAACGGCAGGACAAGUUCGAGGGCAAUAUCCAGCAUGAAUAGGAUACAGACUCCCGAAGAAGUUGUAAUGGUACCUUUGCCCAAACCGACAAGGCUACAGCCGGACAGGCAUCUGGAGGACAUGGGAUUGAGCCGAUCGCGAGCGAACAAGGAGAUCUUGCGUCCGAAAGAACAAGAAGUUCCUCCUCCAAAGCCGGCUCCAGCAAGGAAGGUUAUCAAACCGUUACCAACUGGUAUGCGACCGAGAUCACAUUUGGGAGAAACUGAUGGGAAUCGGUCUACGCCACCAAAACCGACCAAGGAAACAGUGUCGGCGCAAGGCUAUCAGGAGCCGGAGCUCGCGAAUAAGGAAAAGCAACCGCAAGUACCAAAGGAGAACUCCCAACUGAAGCCCAGAGAGUCUACACCGAAGCCGUCGGUGGUGCAUUCAGCUGUCGGACCAUGCAAACCAAUACCGUCACCACAACCCCAUCCUUCUCCAAUGCCACCACCACGGCCUCCAGUGUCUGCUCGUCAGCCUUCACAUGUCUCGAGACCCAAUCCUCCGGUACCCCAGCAGCCGGCCGGAGCUCCUGCCAACACACCCAAGAUGCCCAAUAUCGGCAAGCCGGCUGUCACAAGCAGUGAUACACCACCAUCAAGCACCCAGUUAUUUGUCAUGUCGCACCUCGACGACCUGCUCCCAAGUCCAUCUCAAGAGCUUCGAGAGCUGGAGGGGGGUGCCCAGCCUACGCCCAUAUCGCGGCCACCCGUAUUCAAGACCUUUUCUAAUAAGCAACCACAGAUCCCUGCGACAUUCUCUAAGUCGCCUGUUGCGUCAGGGCCGAGACGCUUCGUACGACAAACGUCACAUGUACAAAUCGCACCUCCGCGGCCUCGGAUGCAAGAAGUCAAGCCUGUUGAAGAUGACUUCUUCUCCUUCCUCUCCACGCAGGACUUACUCUUCUCGUCUCAGGACAUUCGUGAGCUCGAAAGCGACACUCCCUGCAAGGUUAACAACCGAACGGAACGCUUCGAACCUCCAUCCAAACAACCACCCAAGAAGGCCUCUUCGUCUCCCUCUUUAAUAACUAAUAAGGGACAUCGUUUGUCGGGCACAGCGAGUGCAACACCAGCACCAAAUGCGGUCUCUGGGCCAGCCUCUGGGAAACUGGCUGAAAGGGUACCUACUCCCUCGAAGCAAAGCUCAAUGGACUUGGUGGCAUCGAAUCAUCAGGCGACCUCUACAGCCUCCAAAGCCCGGCCCGCAUCCAUCCCAUCAUCUACCACACGAGGCCCAAAGACGAUAUCAGACUCCACAUCCGAAAAUCAGGCGGAAAGGAUAUCUAAUGCCUCGAUCCCAAGCCCGCGGCUACGGGCUUCAGCAACUUCAACUCCAAAGCUAAGUCCGGUCAUUGGAGGCCAAGAACAAGCGAAAAUUUCAAACCCAAGUUUGCCCACAGCCUCAGGCGCUACUCCUCCCGCGCCCAAACCCGCGCCUCCGGCUCGAUCCCCAUCACCUCAGCGGUUCUUCGGCUCCAGCGGCGUAGGCAUACAGAUCCUGCUCGCCAUGGCAGAAAGCGAAAAGACAUUCAAGGAGGAUGAGGAACGACGUCAGGAAAAGGCUCGCCGUGAAAGGCUAAUUAAGGAGAGAUGUAAAAGGGUAGCAGAACAAAGGGCCAAGAAGGCUGCGGAAGAGAAGCGUAAAAAGGCAGAUGAGGAGAGAGCGAAGGUGAUGGAACGACUGAGACGUCAGGGUGAGGAGAUUGCUCAGUUGAAGAUUCCUUCGGCGAGGAGGGCAGAUUCGCCAGCUGCAGGCGCGGUGCCGGCACAAAGGCCUCUGACUCAGGCAAAACAGAUGCCAGGGCAAAGUAUCAAGCAUCUUAUCCCUUCGAUUAGCAAGGUGAAGAGACCGCCUGGGGAAUGGAUGCCAGCGCAGAGGCGUAGCAUUGCAAAGCCUGUCGUGCAAGCAAAUCACCCACAGCAACUGCCACCACCCAACUCCAACGUUCAGGAUCGGGCACAGCACCCGCCCCAACAAGCACCACAGGUAACCAAGACAUCCACAGCUCCCAAACCAAAGUCCAGCAUCGCAGGACAAAAUCAGAUACAGCAAACAAUGGAGGUGGUACCCACGUCAUCUCAAGAGACGGACUACGAGGAUGGAGACCUGGAUGGGCUAGGUGAGUUGGGUAUGGGCCUCACACAGUUCCUGGGCCCUGACAAGGACCUGUCUUGGCUUGAUGACGACGAUGAUGAUUUCUGA